ACUCCGCGGCUUCAAGAACUUUUUCCUCUCAACCCUGCCAGCAUGCAGGUCUCUGCGUGUGCCUGAUAGUUCUGCUGUUGCGGUUAUGUUGUCCAGCGUAGCAAGGUAGAGUAGCGAAUGUUGGAGCAUCUUUAGUUGAGAAUUCACGCCAUGGACCGGCACGCGCUAUGGCUGGCGGUGGUCCUACGAGCCGUCCUCAUCCUGUGCCGCAAUGUGCUCCCGUCCGCCUCGCUUGAGCUGUCCGGUGCUCAGCGCGGCAUGCGAUUCGUUCGCCUGAACCAGACCAACGUGUACAAUGGAAAAUGCCUCGACGGAAGCGAGCCGGGGUAUUACAUCCGCACGGGCAACAGGGAGGGCGCGCACAACUGGGUCGUGCACCUCAUGGGCGGCAGCUGGUGCACGUCGCGCAGUCAAUGCGUCGUGCGCGCGCACACCAGCCUCGGCUCCACGCAGCCCUGGCCGGAGCCGGGCUCCCGAAGCUUCUUCGCAAAAAUGAACGCGUUCGGCGCGGGGUUCACGGGCAUUCUGAGCCGCAAGGGGCGCGAGAACCCCACCUUCAACGACUGGAACGCCGUGCUCGUUGUCUACUGCGACGGCGGCCUCUACGCCGGCUCGCGCGGCGCAUUCGCCGCCAACCUGAGCUCGCCCUUGUUCCUCCAAGGCCACGCCGCGCUCGCCAGCGUCAUUCACGACCUGAAGAUGCACGGGCUGGGCGCGGCGCGCAACGUGCUGUUCAGCGGAUGCUCCGCGGGCGCGCAGGCCGUGGCGAUGACGUGCGACGCCAUGGCGCGCGCGCUGCCGUCCGCGACGGUGAAAUGCCUCAUGGACGCGGGGUUCUUCCUCGACACGCCGGACAUCCACGGGCGGCUGACGUGGCGGGAGAGCGUGCAGCGGCUGUUCAAGUUCCACCGCAUGGGCGCCGGCAUCCACCCCGCGUGCCAACGAGCACACUUGAAGCAGCCGUGGAAGUGUCUUCUGCCGCAGUACAACCUGCCGUUCGUGCGCACGCCCGUGUUCGUGGUCAACAGCCUGCAGGACGAGAUCGCCGUGAAGAUGACCUUCUCCUCGCCGCUCAUCGACGGCACCGUGCGCAUCCAAAAAUGCAUGGACCGCAGCCCGCUCUGCCCGCUGCAGUAUAGAACAGCCCUGCAGCUCUACCAGGCGCGCCUGCUGCGCUCCGUGCUGGCCAUUCAGCGCGCCAAGCGGCGGCAGGGCGUGUGGUUCGAGUCGUUCCUGAUGAACUCGUCGGCGCACUGCACGGCGGUGUACGGCGACUGGGUGGGGCGCGUGGACGUGCUGGGCCGGCAGCUGCCGCGCGUGCUGGAGGACUGGUUCUUCCAUGGCCGCCCGCAGGCCGCAACGUUGCCAGGCAGGCCGCAUGGGGGAGGGUUCAACACGAGUGGGGGUGGUACGGGGCGGAAUGGCAGCUCAAGGGGAGGCGGUAGGCCAGCAAGGCAGCCGGGCGGCAAGGCGGGGCCGGCAGGGGGGAGGCCGCGGGCGAAGGCCCCUGGCGUGCAGGCGGGCAGUGCCGUGGCGGUGAAGCGGGCGGGCCAGGGGGGGGGAGUGCAGAAGCUGGGGGAGGGGCCGGGGAAGAGCCCAGGGAAGGGGCCGGUGAAGAGGGCUGGGAAGGGGCCUGGGGCGGGUGCAGGAAAGGCGGGCGGAGGGCAAAGAGGGGCGCUGUGGCCCGGACUGAAGCGGCUGCGAGACAAGGGGCGUGGGGGGCUGGUGAAAACGAGCAGCGAGGAGCGGAUGGGUGGGGGGUCGGCCGGUGGGACGGAGGGAAGAGCUGGGGAGAAAAGGAAGGGUGAAGGGAAGAGUGGGAGGAAGGGAAGAGGAAAGGGUGGGAGGAAAGGCAAAGGAAAGGGUGGGAGGAAGGGAAGAGGGAAGAAACAUGGUCGGAAAGGGAGCAGGCAACAGAGCGGAGCAGUGGGUGCAGGACCGAAAGAGAGGAUGCCGACGGAGGAAUGAUUGGAGGAAGUAGGCGAGGUGAACAGGACUAGGGGAUGCCAGCAGGAGCGAAUGUGAGGCGCCCUUGAGCAACUCAUUGACUUGCUUUUAAUACCGUCCUCGCCACUUGCUCCCAAUGGAGCAGUGGCAGCUCUUGACAGACAGUCCCCCACGCAUUGGGGUUGAGGAGCUUUGGGUUGAAAGCUACUGCCCAGUAGGCAUGUGUCUCUGUGCCU